AUGUCUGACGCUCAUCGCAGCAGACAGGGCGAUGCCGCAUGGGCAGCCACGCGUAGCGACCAGGCCGUCCGCGACCCCCUCUCACAGACGGCAUACUCAGUGGCCAGCAGCGUGUCGGGCAGGGAGGCCUCACCGCCAUCCCAUGGUCAUGGAAGCGGCAUGAACAACUUCGUCCCCGAUUCCUCUCCUUAUCGCCACAGAGCAGCUGCCGACAGCCCGCUCUCUCGCGCGUCGCCCCGUCGGCUGCUGAUCCGGUCGAGCCGCAGCUGCGUGGAGGCAUCUGACGACGGCCAUGACGCCACAUGCGAGCCGUCCAAGACACGCACGAGUGCCAGAAUCAGCCCGUCAGCAGCCAGCAUGAGAGCCGGUGAAGCAGACGGCCGCCGACCAGCAGUGCGGCAGACAGACGAGGUGGCGUCUGCAAGGCCUGUGUCGCCUGCCCUUGCUGAGAUGGCCCAUCCUCGGCCGUUCGACGACGAGAUAUACGUCCAUCGGGAGCCGACACAGGCCACGUUUGGUCGGCGGCCGACCCACUGGGUGUACCUGCGGCCGUGUCCCUCGCUGCCCAUGCCGGCACCAUGCGACCCGCCGUGCACCUCAAUGACAUCCAACUACCCCCCGCCCAGCGGACGGUCUCUGGAGCAAGAUGGUGCUGAUGCGUCCACCACACAGGUGGCCUGGUCGACGCUCGGUGCUCAGCAGAGACGAUGGCUCAUCCCUCGGCGUUUUGAUGUGAUGGAGAGGAGGCGACGGUGCAUUUCAGAGGUAUCAUGUCACGAGUUACUGGUGCCGCCGAGUGGCGCCGACAAUGAACAGUAAGGCUGUUUGCCUAUUGACACUCUGUUGACCAUAGGAGUUUCUCUUUGCGUCAGUGCUGCCAGUGCAAUCAUGGAUUUUGAGGCCGUACUUUUCGGAUUGUGGCGUCGGAGAAGUACACGUCGUGAAUGUAUGUCGGAUCUGUCUGAGCAAUUGAAACAAUCGCC